AGUGCAGGGAAAACUGACUCGUCGGUGGGAUGCGAGGGCGUGCGCAGGGCCAGGGGCGAGCCCGGCGGGCCAGUGCUGGGCACCCACGGUCGUUGGAACUCUUCCAACGCCUCUCUGGGAAAUUGUUUGGGUAAGGUCAGGUGGUCCAUCACCUGAAUGAUUAAAAGUUGUUACCCUGGGGGAGAAAUGGGGCAAAGGAUGACUGGCUUUUGGAGGUGGGCUAGAAACUACAAAACCGAGCUUCUUGGGAACAGCCUUUUAGUCUAACAGGAAGUGGAGCGUCACCGAAAGGGAGGGGCGGCCACCCGGGACUGCCCUCUGCUUCAGGCUCUCUUUGUGGGCAGCGUUUCAUCCAGGUUGUCAAUCCAGCGAGUAAUGCCGGGUGAAUGCACGCCGCUGGGUUUGGAAAAAAAACGAAAAAUGAGCAAGCGAGAUCCCCCUUUCGUUUCAUCGUAACCAAGCUGGAAGCAAAUAAAUCGGCUAGGUCCCACUGCAGUCUUCUGCACUCGAGUGCCAAGAGGACCUGUUCCUAUCAAUUACUGAAGCCAUAAGGAAAAUUUUUUUAAAAAAUUAAAACUUUACCAUAAUGAGAACAGCCUGCAUAGAAAGUCCAGGAGAGAAUAUCCUUGAAAGCUCUCCGAAAAGAUUACUGCAAGGGAACAUUUCUCUUCAAAUCUGGACUUUUGAAAAGUGUUGCCACAUCUGCAAACUCCCUGGAAGAGUGAUGGGGAUUCGAGUACUUCGUUUCUCUUUGGUGGUAAUCCUUGUGUUACUGCUGGUAGCUGGGGCUUUGACCACUUUACUUCCUAAUAUCAAAGAAGACAAGAUGCUCACUUUGCGUAGGGAAAUAAAAUCCCAGGGCAAGUCCACCCAGGAUUCCUUUACUCUCAUAAUGCAGACGUACAACAGAACAGAUCUCUUAUUGAGACUUUUAAAUCAUUAUCAGGCAGUACCAUAUCUGCACAAAGUGAUUGUGGUGUGGAACAACGUUGGGGAGAAGGGACCAGAUGAGUUAUGGAACUCCCUAGGGCCUCACCCUGUCCCUGUGAUCUUCAAAGUACAGACAACAAACAGGAUGAGAAAUCGACUCCAGGUCUUUCCUGAACUGGAAACCAAUGCGGUGUUAAUGGUAGAUGAUGACAUGCUAAUUAGCACCCAAGACCUUGUUUUUGCUUUCUCCGUGUGGCAGCAAUUUCCUGAUCAAAUUGUAGGAUUUGUUCCAAGAAAGCAUGUGUCUACUUCCUCUGGUGUCUACAGUUAUGGAGGUUUUGAACUGCAAACACCGGGGUUUGGAAAUGGUGACCAUUACUCUCUGGUGCUGAUUGGAGCCUCAUUCUUCCAUAGCAAAUACCUUGAACUCUUUCAGAGGCAACCUGCAGCUGUCCAUGCUUUGUUAGAUGAAACGCAAAACUGUGAUGAUAUUGCCAUGAAUUUUAUCAUUGCCAAGCACACUGGGAAGACUUCGGGGGUAUUUGUGAAACCUGUAAACAUAGACAAUUUAGAAAAAGAAACCAAUGGUGGCUAUUCUGGAAUGUGGCAUCGAGCUGAGCACUUUCUGCAGAGGUCUUAUUGUAUAAAUAAGCUUGUUAACAUCUAUGAAGGCAUGCCCUUAAAAUACUCCAACAUUAUGAUUUCUCAGUUUGGUUUUCCAUAUGCCAACCACAAAAGUAAAAUGUGAAAGUAAAACAAACAAAAACAAACCUCAAAACUGCUUGGUAUUUGAGUAGCUUCUUCAUGCUAUGGUCGGUUUAUUUAUUUAUUUAUUUAUUUUUAAGCACAUCAUGAACUUUUUUCUACUCCAGAAGUCUCUACAAGGGGGAAAAAGUGCUUAGGGCUUCUAGCAUAUAAAAUUUACAGGCACUUCAAAACCCAAGAAGCUGAUAUUACCCAGAUAGGUCUUCUUGUGAGAAGUUUUCAUCCACAGAUAUAAUUCCUUGGUCAACAAUUUUAUUGUUUACAUUCUGAGACUGUUCUACAAUUUAAAAAAAUUUUUUUAAAUUGAAGUAUAGUUGAUUUACAGUGUUUUGAUAAUGUUCUAUGAUUUUUUUUUGACUCCUGGCACUUGCCUUAAGGACCUUUAGCAAACUGUUUUCAGGAUCAGAAACUCAAGACAAGUAUUUCUCAGCUUUUUCAUUAAAGGAUGAUUAUUUUCAUUUGAAGCCUGAAAUGCCUCUUCAACAAAAGCCUGUGGUAUAGGGAAAAGCCAUGUGAGGAGAGAAUAGUCUCAAUCCCAUAUAAAAACAAGUGGGAAAUUUGUGACUAUCAGUACUUCCCUUGUGGUCCUUCCAACCAGCCCUUUCCAGGACUAACUUAUCCCAGCAUGGUUUCGGUGCAACCAUCAGUGCUUUUAUUUCUGUGGAUAUCUGUUGUGACUGGGAGGGUUAAUUUUAGUAGAUAAAGGAUGUCUAGUUGUUCACUUGGUUUUUGUGAACAUUUACUGCAUGGAUCACAAAAACGUGCAACCUCUGUUUCUUAUAUGCAACUUACAUGCAGUGAGGAGUAAAUGUGUUACUAGAUUCAGGUCGUGCACUUUGUCACUGAAUCUGACUUUGAGAUUGCACAUUAAUUCUUAGAUUUUACAGAAAGUAUGUAUUGUGUAAGAAACAUGUAUAAAAUAACUCUUGAAAGAGUGAUUAAGUAGGAACUGGCAGAAAUUACAACCCUUACUAUCAAAUGAUCUUUAUUGUUAUAAAAGCAUAGGUUAUCUCCUGGAUACUAAAACGUGUGUAUUACGCACUAGGUCAAUCUCUUGCGUUCAGAACUUCUUCCCUCCACCCCGCAAAAGAUCCAGAGAUCAUUUCAAUUACAUAGAUACAGGAAAAAAUAAGAGACCUGAGUCAUAGUAGAGGAAUUCCACAGGGACUCUGCAUCAGUUGAUUGUUAAGUUGCCCACUUUCUGUUAUGUGAAUUAGUAUCUGUUCCACACGGUGUCUGUGUUUGGUCGUUGUUCACUAUUGGUGGAAAGGAAUACUCAGGCCUCUUUCUGCCACCUUCUCCUCUUCCUAUGCCCCCUCCUGCUCCCAUUAUGCCGUUAUAUUCUCAAAAUUGCAAAGCUAUGAAAAUAAUCAUGGUUAAUGUUCCAACGAUGAGGUCUCUGUGCAAUUAGCUCAGUGUAUAUUGUUCCUUUACAUGGGCAUGUGUAUGUAUCUUAAUGCCAUCAGAGAAAACCAAUAGAACUCGCAGCCUCACUAAAAAUUUAUAGUGCUAAUUAUCUGCUUUGUCCAACCUUGGUAGUGACUUUUUGCCUCUUCAGAUUGGCAGAUAAAUAAAAUAAACUUUUACCAUC